AUGAGAUACGAGUCAGAAGACGACGACGAUGAGGAGGGACUGAUUCAUGAGGAAUCACUGGAGAAUUUGAUGAAACGACGAGCCUCCGAUCCGUUGUUUCUCGAUUUCAACACAUGGAAAAAGAAAGUUGGCAGUCUGAUACAGUCUGAAAAUCAUGUCUUAAUGCAUAGUGACGAGACACUUCGGAAUGCGAUUAAUGAGGCGAUGUUUCUGGAAGUGGCGUCGGAUAAUUUGAUGAAAAAGAGAAAAAUGCAAUUUGAACUUCUGGAUGAAUGUCGUAAGGAAGAAGGCUCAAAAGCUAAGAAGCUCUACGAAGAGAACAUGGACACUUUGAAGAAAGAUUAUGGAUGGAAGUUCAAUUCCUACUCCAAAAUGCUGACAUCUGCAUUCGAGAGAGCAACUCUUCCAUUCGAUGCUCCAGACAUCACACGUCCACCCCCUUUUCAAUUACCCAAAAUGAAUGUUCCACCACCUACAUUUUUCAAUUCGACACUAGUCAGACCAGCCUCCGCAUCGUCGUCAACGAGUUCGGUUACUAUGGCAUUGGCAAGAGCUGCUAUCACUCCAUCACCACGAGUCUCUGUUCCACUGAUAUCCUCACACCUUCUUCCACCACCAGUCGAAAAGAAUGUGAUUCGCGAUUUUUCUAGGGAAGAUUUAGACGAGAAGAAGAAGAAAGAAAAGAAGGUGGAAGCCGUGAAACCGAAUGUGCAAGAGACGAAACCGACGGCUAAAUUACCGGUGAUUCGUGCAUUCCAAAGUACCUCAUGGCGAAUUCCAUACCAUCCGGUGCCAGUUCCUCCUCCAAAAGCGUAUUUCGCUGGCAUUCCACCAACGCCUCCCCCAUCACUUCAAAGAAACACCGCCGUCGCUAGAAGAAGCAGAUUCACAGGAGGAAACGAAAGGAGCACCCCAUCGCCUUCUUCCGACUCGUCACAGUCAUCUGGAGUCGUCGGAAUCAACGUUCGUGGACUUUUCGUUGGAAAUCGACAACGUCAAAGUUCUGGAUCGUCACCAGCUAACUAG